AGAGAUGCCAAGGGCCAGUACCUGUUCGACCUUCUCUGCCACCACCUGAACCUGCUGGAGAAGGACUACUUCGGCAUUCGGUUUGUGGACCCCGACAAGCAAAGGCAUUGGCUGGAAUUUACCAAGUCGGUUGUGAAGCAGAUGAGGGCCCAGCCUCCCUUCACCAUGUGCUUCCGUGUGAAGUUCUAUCCCACAGACCCCGCUGCUCUGAAGGAGGAGAUCACCAGGUAUUUAGUCUUCCUGCAGAUCAAAAGGGAUCUCUACCACGGCCGUCUCCUCUGCAAGACUUCGGAUGCUGCUUUGUUGGCCGCCUAUAUCCUUCAAGCCGAGAUCGGGGACUACGACCCCGGGAAGCACCCGGAAGGCUACAGCUCCAAGUUCCAGUUCUUCCCCAAACACUCGGAGAAGCUGGAGAGGAAAAUUGCGGAGAUCCACAAGUCAGAGCUGAGUGGGCAGCCACCAGCUACUUCAGAGCUGAAUUUUCUCAGGAAAGCCCAGACUCUGGAGACCUAUGGGGUUGACCCACACCCUUGCAAGGAUGUGUCAGGGAACGCAGCGUUUUUGGCCUUCACUCCCUUCGGUUUUGUUGUUCUGCAGGGAAACAAGAGAGUUCAUUUCAUCAAGUGGAACGAGGUGACCAAAAUGAAAUUCGAAGGGAAGACUUUCUAUUUAUAUGUAAGUCAGAAAGAGGAAAAGAAAAUUGUUCUUACAUAUUUUGCCCCAACACCAGAAGCCUGCAAGCACCUCUGGAAGUGUGGGAUAGAAAACCAGGCUUUCUACAAGUUGGAGAAGUCGAGCCAGGUCCGGACAGUGUCCAGCAGCAACUUGUUCUUCAAGGGAAGCCGGUUCCGAUACAGUGGCCGUGUUGCAAAGGAGGUGAUGGAGUCCAGCGCCAAGAUCAAGAGGGAGCCCCCCGAGAUUCACCGGGCAGGGCUGGUGCCGAGCCGGAGCUGCCCCUCCAUCACCCACGGCCCCCGCCUGAGCAGCGUGCCCCGCACCCGGAGGAGAGCCGUGCACAUCUCCAUCAUGGAAGUUGGACUCCUCUUUGUUUUGCUCCUCCUCCUGAUCGUCCUUACCGAGUCCGACCUUGACACUGCCUUUUUCCGUGAUAUCCGCCAGACCCCCGAGUUCGAGCAGUUCCAUUACCAAUACUUUUGUCCCCUCAGGCGAUGGUUUGCCUGCAAAGUCCGCGCCGUGGUAAGCCUGCUCAUUGACACCUGA